ACGAUCUGCUAUGGCGGAUGAGACUCCAAAAAUCCAGAUUCUGAAGGGUGCCGCCCCCGAUUUGUCUGCGGCAACAUACCAGAUUCAUGACGAGUCCCAUACUAUAGGGAACGCGCUCAGGUGGAUGCUAAUGAAGAAUCCGAAGGUGGAAUUCUGCGGAUACAGUGUGCCCCAUCCGUCCGAGAACCAUAUCAACAUGCGUAUCCAGAUGUAUGAUGGUUUGUCGUCAUUAGCGGCCUUGCUGCAAGCGCUCAAGGACCUGGACGACCUCUGCGUGACUAUCGACGACGCUUACACUUACAGCCUACGCAACGACAAUUACGAGCGGUGGGAUGAAAAGAGCUAAAUGCAGCUCGGGACACGGUGUGAUAUUCGCUAUGUAUCUGCUUACUGUAUCGUUAUUGUUAUAGACAUGCUGCACCC